AUGCAGGCUUUGCUCAAGAAGUAUGGGGUAGUGCUUAGAAUUUCUACACCCUACCACCCCCAAACUAAUGGGCAAGCUGAAAUUUCAAACAGGGAGAUCAAGAGAAUCUUAGAGAAGAUUGUCCAGCCCAACAGAAAAGAUUGGAGUAACAGAUUGGAUGAUGCUCUUUGGGCGCAUAGGACUGCCUACAAAGCACCCACAUGGAUGUCUCCUUAUCGGGUUGUCUUUGGCAAGGCAUGUCAUUUACCUAUUGAGAUUGAGCAUCGGGCUUACUGGGCUGUGAAGACCUGCAACUUCUCCAUUGAUCAGGCUGGUGAGGAAAGGAGGUUGCAACUAAAUGAGCUUGAUGAGAUCCGCUUGGAAGCCUACGAGAAUUCAAAAUUCUACAAGGAGAAAACCAAGAAGUUCCAUGACAGCUUGAUAGCUAGGAAGGACUUCGUGGUUGGCUAG